CUACUUUCAUGAAACUGCUCCUCCUCCUACUCAGCUUUCUUCAACAACGUCUUUUUCUCCUCUCAUCACCGCUCACCAUUAUCCCCUACGAGAGAAGUUCUGGAUAUUCGCCACCUCGCACCCAGUUCUUUUUCGCCCUACACACACUGCGUCGCGCGGCUUAUCAAGAAGUUAUGAAGAUCAGCCGUUCAACCUUAUGGGAAGUGGUCAAUGGGCACUAAGAAUUGGGUUGUGCUACAAGCUCGAAGCCUCGAAGGCAACGUUUCUCCUUGCGCGGCACAAAGAGAGAAAAGAAGCGCCAAAUCUAAAUCCAGUGGGAAGCACCCAGCAAAGGUCGCAACAAUGGCGGCAACUGAUUCUCGGAAACAACUAUUUUCUCUGAUUCGGGAUUUUGUUGCAGAGAAAUCUCAUGGAGAGAGAAGAGUCUUUAGCUUGAAGAAGCGUAUCGAGGAGCUUGAAUCAGAGCUAGAUGUCGCAAACACAGAGCUUGGAAAUGGAAAACGGUUUAAGGAAACAACGGAUCAAGAGCUCAAGGGUUUUGAGGUCGAAUUAUCGAUGAACGAAUCUUCAAACCAAACACUAGAGGCAAGAAUUGCUUCGAUUCAGGAUGAGAUUUCGAAAGUAGGAUCUGAUGUAGAUAUUCUUAAGAAUGAAGAAGCAACUCUAAGAGAUGAAUUUAUCAAUCAAAUGUUCCAGUUCAAGACUGAGAUAAGGAAAUUCAAGGAGUUUUCACUUUCCAAUCAGCAGCAAACUAGUUGCCAGAAAACUUCAUCAGAAUGUAAUCAUGCAGGCAUUGCAGAUGCAGAAUUGAUUGAUCUUGAGAAGAAGGUCUCCUUCAUGGUUGCUCAGACUGACACAGAAGAAGAAGAACGUGACAGGGAACAGAAUCUACAUAAUCUGCUGCAACAAGAUGUUGUUGUUUUAAGCAGAAGACUGGAGCUGAUUGAGACAAUAAUGAAGGACAUGAAGGAGUUGCAGAACUUGACAAAAUAUCCUUGUUGAUUGUGUUAUUUAUUUCCCUGUUUUAUGCCUGAAUCACUGCACUCUGUGCUUACAUUGUCGAUGCUAUUUUUCUGUACAGUGGUUUGUGUAAAUUCAAGAUUUCAAUUGGUGUUGGAGUAAACCACUUGUUGACGUAGAAGUACAAAAGGCUUAUGAAGUCGGUUGCCCAGUACAUUUAGGAACAAGCUUAUGAAUUUAUGAACAAUACUUAGACUAGUAUCGCUGUACUAUGAACUCUCACAUAAAAUAUCUAUACAAUGUCAUGUUGUCUUUGACUGGAUACAAUCAGACUUCUAACGUGGAGGAGAAAUGUGCUCUCUUCAGUGAGGAAUUGCAAAGGAUGUGUAUCUGUCGUACUUGUCAUCUUGAUAAUUCAGAGGCCUUGGCGGAAGUACUUCAGGCGAUGGAGCUAAGCUGAUUUCCUGUAAGCACUGCAUUUGGUUUAGCCUCUUGUUCAUGUUCUCAUAGGUGGCCUUUAAUUAGUUAAUUGGUGUGUGUUCUCAUUGCAUAAAAUAGUUUAAGAUAGAGAAUUAGAGAUACUGUGAACGUGCAAAUCUUUUUGUCUUUGAUGAUUUAGAUAUGACAAAUAAACUGUAAGUGCUGCAAAGAAGUGAGAAAUGUUGCGAGUACAGCAGUGUACUUGUCACUUUUAAAUUUUUUCCCUA